GUCUGGCUCCACCCCCAGCAGUAACGGCUCAUCUGCUUAUCAAAAGGUCCCCAUUAACCUGCAGUGCACACCCUCUGAUGUCCUAUUGUCCCAGCAGGACUCAUAUUCACAGCGGACACCUUCAGGUCCACAUCUGACCUCGGUGAGCUUGUGAUCACGCUGCUCUGUGUGGGACUGGACUCCUCUGACUCUCCAAGGAACAAGAAGCAGAGCAGGAUGGAGGAGUUUGGAGCUUGGCUGCCUCUCUUCGUCCCAGGCAGCAGCUCUCAGCAGCGUCUGUUCAGGAAGAGCGCCACCUACCUGGCUAAGAUCGCUGUGGUCCUGCAAGACGCUCCAGACAAGAUGCUCACUUUCACGCAGCUGAUGGACAGACUGGCACCACUCAUUUGUGAAGACAGAAAAUCUGUUGAGAACAACAUCAGAGUCUGUUUAUCAACCAACAAAUGUUUUGUCAAGAUUCCAGUGGUUCCAGGCUCACUGGACAGUAAGAGAAACUACUGGAAACUGGACCCCACUCAGAUCACGGCAAAGAUGGUUCGUCGUCACUUCAAAGGAAUCCUGCAGCUCUUUCCUGAGUUGGCCUCCAAAGUGGAAAGUGAGAACACGAGCAGACCAUCAGAGCGCCGCUCAGCUCUCCGCUCUCCUGAACCUGCAGCCUGCAGAGCUGUUCAGAUCAGAUGUGAGGUGAAGUUCAGCAGUCCUUUCUCCAUUGAGUCCCUCCUGAAGAGAGACGGCCCCUCUGCUCAGGCUCCCAGAGCUUCUCCUCUGUCAGGUGUGCCGGUCAGAGCAGAGCAGCGGCCUCAGUCCACACACGGACCAGUUGGGACGAAGAGGUGCUUCAGCUGGGACUCUGAAGAGAGCCUCCUCCUUCGAUCUUCAGCUGAUAGUUCCCCCAUCUGCUCAGCAGGGGGCAGCACACACCACAGACUCGGUGCUAACGGAGCUGCUAAGCCCAUGAAGAGGAUGCAGGUGUACACGGAGGCCUCAUUCCCUGAAUACACAAGAGCCAGUGCUGCUUCUUAUUUCACCAGCCCACACAGCAGUUACAUCACUUACUCUGUACCCAUGUUUACCCACGAUGCUCUCUGUCUCUGGCUAUAAUGUGCGAUUUACCUG